AUUCUAGUCAUCAUACGCGACUUAGCGGGCAGCUUGUAUUGUCUUUAAAAACGUUUCAGAAUGUACUCAAUCUUGACAAGAUGUAGCGCAUUAUUGACCAUCACUCUUACUGCAUUUACUGCCCUAAUGUUUCUCUGUUUCCUGUCCACAUUUAACAUCAGACCGUCAGCUAAUGUUGAUAUUAACGUUGGACGUGCAAUUGUCGACAAAGCUGAUGACCACACCCUUCACGCUGGUUAUCACAAUGAUUUGGGUUUAGUAACUAUCGAUCUAUCAUCAUCGUUAGAUCAUUUGUUUAACUGGAAUGUAAAACAACUGUUUUUAUAUCUUUCUGCGGAAUAUAAGACAGCAGAUAACAAACUAAAUCAAGUUGUAUUAUGGGAUAAAAUUAUCAAGCGUGGAUCAAAAGCUGAACUAGUCUAUAGAAAAAUGACUUCAAAGUAUUACUUUUGGGAUGAUGGUCAUGGACUAAUUGGUAAUGAUAAUGUCACUCUGACUUUAUCUUGGAACACUAUUCCUAAUAUCGGUUGGCUUACUUUCGAUACUGCUAAUGGUCAUCACUCAUUUUCAUUUCCUAGCCAAUAUGUCAAUCUUAAGUAGUAAAUUUUUUGAAAAACAAAAUUCGCUUCACCUGUAUUAUAAACUAUUUAAAUGCCUGGUAAUAGUGACUUUUUUGUUUCCUUUGCUGAUAUAUACAUUGGCGCUCACUAUUUUUUUGUAACCUUAUUUUAUUAAAUAACUGUUGUAUGACAGAUUUACUGUUUGUAAACUCAAUGUAAACUGUGUAAUAUAUAUAUCACUUAUGUUCGG